UAGUCAUGACAUUUUUGUUGCAUUCCUUUCAUUCUGAAAAGUUUGUAAUUUUGCUACUUGCUGCAAAUGCCGAUAAUUUUCAGUGCAGUGUUUUUGACAAGUUUCAGUUUAGUUCUAUGUGAAUUAUAUUUGUUAUAAGUUAUAACAUAAUUGACUUAAAAUAUAAAAGGUGCUAAUUAAGUGAGCUACCAGUAAAGCUUUUCAAAAUCUGGAAUCGAAAUCUAUCCUUACCCAGAGUCGUUACGAAAUUUUGCAAAAUGACUUCAGCACUUUAUUUAGAGCACUAUCUGGACAGUCUUCAACAUCUGCCGAUAGAAUUACAGAGAAAUUUCAAGUUAAUGCGAGACCUCGAUGAUAGGGCACACGGGUUAAUGAGGACAAUUGAUCUUAUGGCAGACGAACUAUUGCCCAAUAUUCCGAAAAUGGACGAGGAAAUGAAGAAAGACAAGGUUAAUACCAUACAGGGCCUGUUUAACAAGGCCAAGGAAUACGGCGAUGAUAAAGUGCAGCUCGCAAUACAGACUUACGAGUUGGUGGACAAACACAUACGGCGCCUUGACUCUGACCUUGCUCGCUUCGAAUCGGAAAUUCAAGAGAAAGUGAUGAGCGCCCGCGCAGCGCAACAAGCUGCCGCAGACCAGGAGCCGAAUACCACCACAGUUAAGAAAGGAAGGAAGAAGCAUAAGGGGAGUGAGAAGGCAGCUGCUACCACUGGUAAGAAGAAGCGCGUCGGAGCUUCCAGCGAGGACGAUGCGGUCGCAUCGGGCAGAUCCGCAGCCAAAAAGAAGGCACAGCGCAAAGGUGCAACUACAAUAGCCAGUGCUGUGAAGGAACAAGACGAAAAUGCAGAUUUGGACUCGGUUGCUGGCAUGGCUCAUCCUAGUGACGUCCUCGACAUGCCUGUCGACCCUAACGAGCCCACUUACUGCCUCUGCCACCAAGUUUCAUAUGGAGAAAUGAUAGGUUGUGACAACCCUGACUGUCCCAUUGAGUGGUUCCACUUCGCUUGUGUAGAUCUUAACAUUAAGCCCAAAGGCAAGUGGUAUUGUCCUAAGUGUACCCAGGACCGCAAGAAAAAAUGAUCCACGGUGAAACCUCCUGUCAAGCCCACUGACAAGACUGUACCGGUAAAAAAAGAAGUCAAGUAACUUCAGUCUUUAUUACCAAAAACUAUGUGUGAAAAAUUAGAUAGUAAAUGAAUUUAUAGUAAUAUAAAGGAUAUUAAAACUAGUAGCGUUGUGGUAACUGUAUUUAGUUUUAUAUAAUUUAAAAUUUAAAAGCCUAUUUUGACUUUAUAUAAAUUGCUGUAUAGUCUUUAUUUCUUAUUUGAAAAUUAGCUAAUAGUAAUUUA